AUGCCAAGACGCGUUUCGGCGCUAACGCCGGCGGCUUACAUUGCUCCAGGCGUCACUUGUUCCACGAACAACUUUCCUACAAUGGCUUUGUCUAGUCUUCCUCCGGAGCUCAAGCUUGAGGUCGCUGGGUACUUGGAUCCUGCAGCAAGCUUUAAUUUCGCCAUUACAUGUAAGACUGCAUGGCAGCUAUGCCAGCCUAUUCUCAAAGAGCAUGUGCGUUUGUACGCGAAAUGGCGCGUAAUCGGUACAUCUCAGCCCCAGACAGUUACAUGGAAAGCUGUUGUAGAGAUCUUGCGACAUCAUCGUGGGGGCUGGUACACGACAGAAAUCGAUCUACCUCUAUAUAUAUGGCAGCCGAACACAGACGGAGCUGAUGAGCGCUAUAUUGAUCUAUCUGAAGAAGACCAAGAUACACUCCAGGCAGCAGUACGACGACUAAGAAACCCCCGUCUCGAAAAAGAACAAAUAGAAGACGAAAACCAAGAUCGAGUUGCUAUCCUAGAAAGAGAACUUGCUCGCGGUCAGUUCGACGCCCUCCUGACGGUUUUGAUUCAUCACUUGCCAAAUCUUAAGACUCUGCGGCUUACGGGGAGUGAGUUUGAGCAUCGCUGUCUAGAGCUCCUCAUCUGGAAGCUGGCUGCAGGACAAGCAGGUUUUAAAGAAACGCCGCACCUCCCCCUUCUCCCACGGUUAGAAAUUGCCGCAGUUUCUUCCAAUGAUACAGAGGGGUGCUGCGACGCCCGAUGGAUGUACGAAUUUCUCCGUCUCCCCUCGUUGCGAACAUUCGUUGCCAACGGCAUGGGCGGCAGCUACGACCUCGGGGACUUCGUGUCACUUCGCAGCCGUGGCAUGGCGCCCAUGUCGAACGUGACUGAAGUUUUCCUGGAACGCUGCCAAUUUGAUUCAGGUACUCUUGGAGGGAUCAUCGCGGGCAUCAAGGCGCUCAGAAAGUUCUUCUAUUAUGGUGGGGGUUCAAUCGUUGCCGAAGGAUACUUUUACGAGCCCAAGAACGUGAUUCAAGCUUUGGCAACUCAUGCAGGUCAUUCGUUGGAGCGUCUUGUCCUUGAACAUGAGUCUUUGCUGGAUGAUCUCGACGAGAUGGAUCUGGAACGCGUAUCCCUCCGCCCUUUCAAGAAACUAGCGAUCCUGAAGUGCGAGUGGAGAAUGAUAUGGCCAGAAGAAGAUAUGGAAUUAGAAGACUCACUAGAUCAAGGCUUUCAUACCAGCGAUGACGAACCGGCUUUCGAUAUCCGAUCGAUCCUUCCAGAGUCACUGCAAGAGUUGUAUCUUGAGGGUACUGCGGAUGAUGUCGAGUGGGAUCGACUCACUGAGCCUUUCAGCCGUCCGAGUGAUGCGACGCCGCACCUUACCAAGUUGAGGAUUGCCAGCGAAGGUCGAGACGUCGUCGGAUCUGCACCUAGGCCCCAGGCCAUGUUCGACCACCCGUUGCAGAGGCUGCUGGAUGGACAUGGUUAUCGUUGAGACUUUUGACAAGAGUUUAUUGAUGUGGUAUACACCAUCAAGUAAGUUCGGCCUUUUUAUGUAAAUUGACAUUAUAGUAUAUUUAAACCAUUCACUGUUAUCGACAAGAAAACUGAGAAUUCAUUCUCCACGCAUCUUAACCGACAUACAGAAUCUGUUUCAAUCUUCAGAAUAAUAUUAGUAAAGUCAAAUGGAU